GACGGGACGGGCUGAGCGAGCGAGCGAGCGAGCGCCGCGAUCUGACAGGAGUCCCGGUGCUCGGGGAGCCUUUCAGUCUCGUUGCUUACCGGCGGCGGCGGCUCCUGUCAUGUCCGCGCGCUUUGGGGACGCGGCCGGCGGACGACUGUCAUGAAGUGAGGCAGGAGCAUCAUCGAUGUGGGCUUCGUGUUGUGGUCUGCUGAAUGAAGUAAUGGGGACUGGAGCGGUGCGUGGGCAGCAGCCAGGGUUCAGUGGAGCAACGGGGCCAUUCAGAUUCGCUCGUAACGCAGGCUAUUCUUCAUAUCCCUCCCCAACACCAGGAGUUCCUAAUCUAGUCUGCAAAAGCUGCGGGCAAGCCUUCUCCGUCUUUAGAAAGAAGUAUGUAUGUAAAGACUGCAAGAAGAAUUUCUGUUCGUUCUGCUCAGUACUGCAAGAGAAUCUACGAAGAUGCUGCACAUGUCAGCUGCUGCAACAGACUGCGUUCCAGCGGAGCGAGUUAAUGAAGCUAAAGGUGAAGGAUCUGCGUCAAUAUCUCAGCCUAAGGAACAUCUCCACAGACACAUGUCGGGAAAAGGAGGACUUGGUAGAUCUAGUAUUGGGCCAUUAUGGAUCGGGUGAGGAUAGCAUGGACAUUGAGAGUAUAGACUCCUCGAGAUCGCAGAGUUCACAAUUACCUACCAAUCCUUCAGCAUCCCCAGCCCCACCCUCUCAGGAGACAGCCUCCAGCAGAAGGCCCAGUUCAGGAACUACACAAGUGCAGCAGGUAAACGAUCCCAGUCCUGACAUCCCUCCAAAACGAACACGAGCCUCAUUGUCGGACCUGUCCAGUAUUAACGACAUUGAGGAGCUGACUGUACGUCAGCUGAAGGAAAUCCUGGCUCGCAAUUUUGUCAACUACUCGGGUUGCUGUGAAAAAUGGGAAUUGGUGGAACGAGUAAGCAGGUUAUACAAAGAGACAGAAGAAAACCGCAAGGCGUUGGAAAACGGAAACAACCCAGAGGCAGCGACUGAAGGAGAGAAGAUGCAGUUGGGUAGCGACGAGAACCUGUGCCGGAUCUGCAUGGACUCAGCGAUCGACUGCGUGCUCCUGGAGUGCGGACACAUGGUCACCUGCACCAAGUGCGGCAAGAGAAUGAGCGAGUGCCCCAUUUGCCGGCAGUAUGUGGUUCGGGCAGUGCACGUCUUCAAGUCUUAAGAACCGAGAGCAGGUCGCAUUGCGCAUUACCAGAGAUCUGGCUUUUAACUGAUCAGGAUGCUUGAUAAACCCAUGGAUUAAAACGAGUCAAUGUUAUCAGUAACGCCGGUUAAUUUUUUUUUAUCAUUCGGACAUUUGAUUUUUUUUGCAGGGAAAAAAAAAUGAUUUUUAGUCUUACUAACAAUUUAUCAUAGUUGCUUAUUGACUGGAAGCCUUACAGAAAUCAGUGCACAACAAAGCUACUUACAUUAUUAACCUUAAGGUGCAUAAAAAACGAUCCAAGUUAAAUCUGUUUUGACCACUAGAAUCGACAGCUAGAACCUGCAACUCAAACGGACACAUUGCAAAAAAAAGUUGGAAGAAAAUUCUAUUUUGAACUUUUCGUAUAAUUUUUAUAAGUCUCCUGGAAUUUUACUUUUUCAAGGAUUAAGUUGGUCAGUAGCUUAGUCAUUGUGCUGUGUAUAUGUGUGUGUGUGUGCACACAUGUGUGCGUGUGAGAGAGAAAUCAGCUUUUGACAGAAAGGAGACCCCGUUUGUGUGACUUCAAGACGUUAUCAGUAUGUUCGGCUAACAGUUGUAUCCAUCACAAUUUACUCCCUCGCUCCCAACUUACCUUUUUGUAUAUCUGGAGGUUUUGAAAUUCAUUUUAUUAUUUCUGCCAUUUGACUAAUAAAUGAAUUGGAUUAAAUGGAA